CUUAAAAAUGUGGUUUUAAUUUUUUGACGUUUUUGUUCUUUUUGUUAAUUUUUCUCUUAAUUAAUGGAGCGGAGUCAGUUUAAAUGCGGCGUUUGGAGUUGGGACGAUGAUAUGGAUGAAUUAAUAUUCAAUAGUAAAGAACCAUCACAGGUCUCCGAUACGUCUUUAGAUAGAGGUGCUGAUAGUGAGGUGUUUCGAAUGAGGGAAACUUUAGAUAGUUUGGAACAGGCCCAAUAUAGAAAACUCUAUCAAAGACGAGUAAAAAUACAAGACCCUGAAGUUGUUACAUUACAGGAUGUCAAAGAUAUAAUAAUAUACCUAAUAAACCCUAAAGACCUGUCGCCAGAGUUCAUACAAUUCGUUCACACUCCCUCCAUAGAUCGUUUUUUCAGGGCUCUAAUUGUUUACUUCCAAUUUUUUAUAGAAACCUACGAAAAUGUCUUGGAGAGGCGCGAGCUGGCAGCCAGAAGUCUACGAAAUGCCAACGUUGAACGUAACGAGGCCAUAAUAAGCGAAAACAUGGCCGAUUUAAGAAGUGUCGUUUCAAAGGAGUUCUCCGCCAUUUUGAUGGGUUCCAUGGAAAGCAUGCAGUUUCACCACAUGAACACCAAGAACAACACUUCGUUGACCGGUAAGGAUAGACGUCAGUACGAGUGUUUGAUAAAUUUUAGCAGCAGGGUUGUUUGGAUCACUCAUUGGAGAAAAUAUUUAGCGAAUAUUGAAGUAGAAAUAAACAGACUUAUUAGAUCGGACUAUUUUAAUAUAGUGGAACGAAAAGGUCGUAUCAGUCAGGCUAACCAAUUGUCAUCCGAAGAAAAAAAGAUAAUAUUCGGAGAAAAUUGGUAUCACGAGAAAAAAUUAAAACAAAAAUCUCCCAUUGUACAAGAAAUACUAACCUGUGAUCACGAUGUUCCUCUGAUGACAAUAAAUGUAUACAACUUAAGUACUGAUGAGCGUAGCGAAUUUCUCUCGGCAGCUUUCAGUUUCCCAGAAGAGGACUUAGCUCAUAAUGGGAUAGCUUUGGGCUGUCUGGGAUGGCCGAGGGUUAAAUUCGACGCCAUGUUAAAACUGAUACCAAGAAAUGUCAUCACUUCCAUGUCAAAUUUGAACAUGAUUUCGGCUUCAGAGGCCAACACCAUCAACUUGUUCGUCCCACCGGAAACUUUUGAUUUGCCGGCGAAAGCAGCGGUCAUUUCGUUGAAGGAGGCUGCCUCUAAUUAUAAUAGAAAGGAAGAUGUAAAUGCUGAAACUUUGCAGUGUAAAACCGAUAGAGUUAAGCAGAAGAACAUCUGGUUGAGGUAUCUCAAAAAUAUUGAACUUGAGUUGGAUUGA